AUGCUGAGCGCUCACAGCCACCUUCGCUUCUCGCGGGUGGUCAACCGCGGCGAUAUGUGUCUUGAUCUCGAUCUCCGCUCAAACCAGCUCACCGAACUUGCGUCCGAGAUCGGCAAUCUGCGGAGCUUGAGGGUCCUCAAGCUGGCGUACAACCGGCUCGAGUUCCUGCCCGCCUCGAUCCUCCAACUCGUCGAUUGCAAGCUGUUCCUGAACGGAAAUCCCUGGCUCAAGCCCCCCUCUCCAUCCGUCCCCCCUCUCGUCGCCACCUCUUUUGUCCCGAACAUGAUGAUGAUGGCGGACGACCGCCAGUUCUGA